AUGCCCCUGAAAGUUAAGAUCGUCAAACUGAUGGGUCAAAGGGAGGAAACAAGUGGGCUUAAUGCCCAAGCGGCUGACGAUGCUCAGCCAGCUGCUGCCUGGGGAAGAAAACCUGGCUUCGGAAGCCCAGUCUCUGCCAGCUUCAGAAGAGCAGCCAGGGUGGAAACAGAAAAUAAGGAGAAUACUCCUGCUAAUGAGAAAACUGGCAAUUAUUAUAAAGAUAUAAAACAAUAUGUGUUUACAACACAAAAUCCAAAUGGCACACAGUCUGAAAUAUCUGUGAGAGCAACAACUGGCCUGAAUUUUUCUCUAAGAAACUGGAACCCUGCCUGGAGCUGUGUCAACUCUGAUAAACUCGUCAGUGAAACGAGGACAUUAUCACCUCCUGAAACAGUCAGCAAUGAAGAAGAAAAACCAACCAAGACUCCAAAUGAGCCUGCAUUUUGGACAAUGUUAGCUAAAGCUAUAAAUGUAACCGCCAAUGAGGACAACCAACAAGAUCAGUUUUUUCACCCAAUUCCAAACUCUGAUGUGAAUGCUACAGAUAAAGACAACCUGGCAGAACUACAGGAAGCCAAAUUAAAGUUAAUGCUGGGCAUCUCGUUGAUGACCCUCUUCCUUUUUGUCAUCCUCUUGGCAAUCUGUGGUGCCGUGCUGUACAAAAUGACGACAACGAAAUAUGAAAAAAUUUGUCAGAGUGGUGUAUACUCUGUUAACCCAGAGCUGGCAACUCUUUCUUACUUUCAUCCAUCAGAAGGCGUAUCAGACACAUCUUUUUCUAAGAUUGCUGAGAGUAGCACAUUUUGGGGCACCACUUCUUCAAAAUUAAGGAAAUCAGACACAAGGUCAAAAUCUAGGACAACGGACAUGGUUUCCACAGGCUCAGAUGAGACAGGCAUGAAUGAUGAGUAG